AUGCAUGUUUGGUCCUUUGAAAUAGGUCUUUUGGAGCAUUCUGGAGCAUAUGGACAUGAGGAGCAUGGAGGGACUUGGCGCAUGGAAGCAGCUCAACUGGACACGCAAAGGAAGAAGGGAGAAGCCAUCUUGAAGACCAGCUCGACCGUCCACUCGACCAACCGGUCGAGUUCCUCAACUCGACCGGCCAAGCUUCAACUCGAUCGAGCUGGGGAGUCAAAGUCAAACCCGAAAAAUGUUGCUUCCCCCUUGACUUCCUUUGACCCUAAACCUAAUCCUCUUGUAUUUAAAGGCUCUAAGCCACGAAAAAACCACCAAGCUUUAGAUUAUCUUUGUUUUAGCUUCUUUUAA